AUGAAUUCAUUAGUUAACUCAAGGGGAGGCAUAAAAAGCCUAGGACCCUUUAGGGCUACAUUAAGCCAUCACAGACAACUGUUUUUGAAAUUCCAACAAGAGGCACAAUUCUCAUUAUUUAAUAAUGAAGAAAAGAAACCCAAAAUAAAUAGUUCACAUAUUAGUAGCAAUACAAAUUUCAUUGAAUUAUAUCAUAAUUUGGUAAAAACAAACAAAAUAGAAAGGGAUCCCUUUCAGUACAAAUUAGUUUUAAUUCUCCAGUCCUUUGAAAAUAAUCUGAACAGUUACUAUAACAAUGUUGAAAAAAAUCUAGCUAAAAAGGAAACUCCGAAGAAAAAGUUCUUUAGCUCAUUUUUCGGAAUGAAGAACAUAAUUCAAGAAAAGGAUAAAGAAGGAAAUAACCAAGUUAUAGAUGAAGAAGAAAAUGUAGAAGAGUUUGCAGAUGAAAGGGAGCUUGAGAAUUUUGAGAAUAGUGAUAACUUUUUUAUAUAUGAAGGAAACAGAAAUAAUGCUGAGGUAGAAAAUCGACUGAAAUAUAGUAGUAUACAAAAUGAGGAAUAUUAUCUCAGUAAUAACAACAUGUUAAUUGAAGAAGAAAAUAUAAAAUAUAUCAGAGGUUUAUAUGUUUAUGGAAGUGUAGGAAGAGGUAAGACUUAUUUUUUAAAUUUGUUAUUUGAUAGAAUAAAAUUAGGAAAACUAAAAAUGCAUUACCACAAUUUUAUGCAAGAAAUACAUAAAUGUUUUCAUGAAGAAAAAUUAAAUAAUUCAGAAGAUGCUAUAAAAAGUUUAUCGAUAAAAAUGAGUAAGAAAUAUAAAUUAAUUUUUAUUGAUGAAUUUCAAGUAGUACAUAUAUCAGAUGCUAUGGUUAUAAAGUCAUUAUUUAAUCACUUAUUUUAUCGAGGAACUGUAUUAUUAUGUUCUUCUAAUAGGAAUCCCAUACACCUCUAUCAUAAUGGAUUAAAUAGGGAAAGAUUUAUACCCUUUAUAAAAUUAUUGUUUAAAUUUAAUUAUAUAUUCGAAAUUAACAAAUAUCACGAUUUUAGACUAAGAAAUAAUGAUACGGACAAUCAGAUUUACAACAUCCCAACAAAAAAAUUUGAAGAUAUUAAAAAUAUAUGUACUGAUAUGUAUUGUAAAAUGAACAAUAAAGAUAUGAACCAUGUUAGGGAAAUAGAAAAAUUUAAUGAAAAACUUUCCGUGUCUGAUUUUAAAAAAUGCAUUGUACCGUAUAGCUUGAAUAAUUAUGCUAUAUUUUCUUUUCAAGAAUUAUGCGGUCAGAAUAUUAGUAUAGAAGAAUUUAAUGCAAUAUCAAAAAAAAACCACACGUUAUUUAUUUAUAAUAUUGAAAAAAUGAAUGAAGAAAGCAAAGGAAAUGAAAUGCGAAGAUAUAUUUUAUUAAUAGAUAUCCUUUACGAAAAAAACACAAAAGUUUUUUUCUUCAGUAAUAUACCCAUUUUCCAAAUUUUUCAAAUAACUUCUAUUAUUUCGUACUUCCAGACGCUCAUUGAAAGAAUGAAAAAAAAAUACGACAGUUUUAAUAGUUUAAAAAAAUCUUUAAAUGAGUACCUAAAGUCUGAAAGUUUUAACAAAGAAAUUUUUAUCAACAUUGUGUUACAUUUUGGAAUGGACAAGGAAAUAGGCAAAAAGAUAUUCGAUGCAAUAAAUUUCAACAUUAACAAGGAAUACAUACCUAUAGAAUAUUUAAGACACAUUUUGGCAUUUCACAUCACAAAUUAUGAAGUUGACGUAAAGAAACAUCUGAAAUAUGUGGAAGACAAAAAUGUCAAGUUGGAACCAAUCCCUUACAUGCUAUUCGAUGAAAAUGAGAUUGACACAUCUCAGGAAAAUUCAUUUGCUUCAAUGAGGACAUUGUCUAGAAUGAAGCAUAUGAGCACUGUAGCAUACUUGGAGAAACACAAGAAAAUAUAUGAACAUAAUAAGUAA